CGUGCGUCCAUGAAUGGUGAAUUCGUGGGAGCCGGGGGGACGGACCAGGAAACGCCCAACAACCCCAUCCCCGUCCUAACUCAAGAGUCACCACUUUCGGAUCGCCUUAUUAGUUACUGUACACCUCCGCUUCCUCCGAUCUGCCGUUACCUCCUGCUUUCCCUUCUUUGUUAUGCUGAAAACCAUCCUCAUUUCACCUUGAUCUCUUCAUUCAGCGAUACGCAACCGCCGCAUCAUUCGGCCUUCUUCACCUUAUCUAAUUGUACAAGCGCCCGUCGCCGUCAUUCUCGUCGUGUUCUACAGUGUCCUCGAAUCACAACGUCCUUGAAUUUGAUGAUUCCUCUAUCCCGGUGCACCUGCGCCUUCAGCACUCUGGUUGGCAACGACGGAUUCCAUUCAUAGACAAUCUUACCAAUUACCAUACGUUACCUGAGGUCACUUCUCUCCGCCAGCUCCCACUCGUCAGGCUCGCUUUGUGUAACUGUCGGCCAACAACACCCAACUCCAACUGCUUAAAACCUCCCAAAUCGUCAACUCUUUUCAACUUACCUUCCUCCGUCACCCGCCCGCCAUGUCCUCCUCAAUCCCCAUCCCCGCCCCGCCACCAUCCGUCAUGGGUAUUGAACGUCGCCAGCUGAGCCAGUCAGAUAAUGCUGGUGGGAGCUCGCCCCCGGGGUCGUCCUAUUCCACCUCGCCGGAACCGUCCCACCCCUCUUCUUCACCUGCCUCGUCGACGAUGAAAAAGACACUGCUGCACGCUCGCCGUCCCAGCCUUUUGAGUUCGGCCAUCUCCAAGCAGGAAUGCACCACGAUCAACAUCGCUGAAGAUAAGGAUGGGCCGCCGGAGUUGCCAAGGCUUCGCAUGGAACCCCGAGAUCUUUCUACCAUCCUAUGUCGAUUACGAUUACAUCCCCCUCGAGAACCGGAGAGAUCCGAUCCAUGAGAUCAUCCUAACGGACGAAGAGAUUAAGAAGAUCUUGCCGCAGUAAAAGCAAAAAGCACACGACGGCACACGGCACGCACAAGCGACCACCACCAAACACAAUGUAUUCAGUCAUGCAACUACAAGCGCCACUCUUAGACCUGUCUCUUCUCACAGAUAUCAGCUCCACUUCUUCACGGAUUACGGCGUUACGACAUGUUUUCUUCCUUUGUUUCGGUUCUAGGUGUUUGGGCGCCUACCUUUCUGGUUCUUGUCUUCUCGAGAGUUCAUUGGAACCGUCGACUUCAUCAUGUUGUGGUCUACACUGGCGAGGAAAGAUCCUAGGACACUUCAGAUAACCCAGAUUCCUUACGCGGUCGGGUUCGGGAUACACUUUGAGCACAGUACAGUGUUGCCGAGUAAGGGAGGGUAUGGUUCAAGUUCCUUUUUUUUUGGUCAAUUUGGGAAGCGCGGCGGCGGGGGGAACUAAUCACAUCAUGGUUCUGUCAAGUUUGGUAUUCGGGUUUCGGGCGUAUCGCUGGGUUCAUCUAUGUCAAGCAUGACCUUCAGGCCUCUUCCGAGUCUUGGGGCAAUACUUUGACUUAUUCUUAUAGGGUAUCACCCCUCAAGUAUCAUUCUUCUUUGUAGAUAGGCCUUCGGCAAGCUACGUAUCAAAUGGUAAACAACAUUUGGACGAGAUAGAAAGAAAAGACGCAUUGUAUG